GUAGACACCAGACACAAGAAACGACGUCGUAUUAUUGGUUCUGGAAUUCUUGUGCCCAUAUUAAAUACCAGAUUUCAAAAUUUAUUGCUGUGACAGCUUGAAACUCGCUGAGAGAGAUCGUCCUUUUGGUUCCUUCCUGCUACUGCUGGCUGCUGCUGCUGCUGCAAUGCAUCCCCACGAAAAUUGAAUAUCUCGCUCGCUUUCGGCUCACCCUAGAUAAACACUGCUCGAGCUCGAACUCCCUUUCCCUUCAGCCUUCAUUUAUUGCUCUGCUCUGCUCCUCCUGAGCUCUUCUUCUUCUUCUUCUUCUCUCUCUUGUCUUUUGCUGUUACAUGUUUGAUUUUUCACUUGGCAGCAAGCGGCCGUGUCUUUCUUUCCUCUGUUUUUUUUUUUUGAGUUUCUCACUCGCUCGCUCUCUGGAAAGUGCGAAGAUCGCAGAAGAAUGGGGAGGACGCCUUGUUGCGAUAAGAAAGGGUUGAAGCGAGGUCCCUGGACGGCUGAAGAGGACGAGAUUCUCGUUUCCUACAUCCAGAAGAACGGCCAUGGCAGCUGGCGCUCUGUCCCUAAGCUUUCUGGUUAGUACUGUAUUAUUACAUCAAUCACUUUCUGGGAUGGAGACGUUGCGGCUAAUUGAUUCAUGGGUUUUACUGGGUUUCUCGAAAUCGGAAAUGGGUUCUAUUAAUCUUUCUUCUUUCUUCCUUGGAGCUUACGGUUGAGGGGAUUGAUUGAUGUCUCCGCAGGUCUACUCCGGUGCGGAAAGAGUUGCCGGCUUCGAUGGACCAACUAUCUCCGCCCAGAUAUCAAAAGAGGUCCCUUCUCCCCUGAGGAAGAGAAGCUCGUCAUUCAGCUCCAUGGCAUUCUCGGCAACAGGGUGGGCUGCAAUUGCUUCUCAGCUUCCGGGAAGAACAGACAACGAGAUCAAGAAUCUAUGGAACACCCACUUGAAGAAACGGCUGCUCUGUAUGGGGCUCGACCCACAAACUCACAAGCCACUCAGCAGCCCCUGCGGCGGCUCCCUGAAGAAGGCACCAGCCUCCCCUGCAACUCGCCACAUGACUCAGUGGGAGAGCGCCAGGCUCGAAGCCGAGGCCCGCCUCGGCCGGGAAUCCUCGCUCUUCAACAACCCAACACCAUCUUCAGGGAAAGCAGAAGCUGAUUACUUCCUUCGCAUAUGGAACUCGGAAGUGGGCGAGUCCUUCCGCAGCUUCAACAACAAUGGCGGAGAAACUGACAAGCCCUGUACUACUGCUACGACGACUACGAGCACUGCUGUUUGUCCGAGCCCGGCUUCUCAGGCAUCUUCAUCCACCAAAUGUGGGGCUAACAACAGCUUGGCGGGGAUGUCUUCAGCGACCACAAGCUGUCAAAAUGAUGAGAUGGAAUGUAAGAGUAGGAAAUCUUCGGCUGAAUCUUCGAGCUCUAGUGAUAUGGAGGAUUCGUCGGACACUGCGCUGCAGCUGCUGCUGGAUUUUCCUAUCAACAACGACAUGAGUUUCUUGGAAGGGGACUUGAAUGAUAACUAUGCUAACUCUUACGGAAGCUCCCUCAUUUGCCAUCUCUGAAGAGAUUUAAAGCUCUGUGUUUUUGGCUGUCAUUCUAGUUAUUGUUAUCUGUAGGCGCAAACCAUUUGUAAAGCUAGUAGGGUGGUAGAAAGAGAGGACCAAAAUCUUGUGUUUGCUUAUUACCUUGUGGUUGGCUUUAUCACAGUGCUCCUUUUAUGGGUGCGGCUGGCUGGGUACCAGCAACUGAAGUUAAAAGGUGCUUAAUUCAUGUUGUUAACGCCUAAUUUAUGUGUUUUGCUCUUCAUUCACACAAUUUAUGUUUAUUCACUUCAUUUGUGGCAUAUUCAUGCAAUGGUAAAAAGUUAUUCAGCA